AUGACAAAAACAGUAUCAACCAGUAAAAAACCCCGUAAACAGCAUUCGCCUGAAUUUCGCAGUGAAGCCCUGAAGCUUGCUGAACGCAUCGGUGUUACUGCCGCAGCCCGUGAACUCAGCCUGUAUGAAUCACAACUCUACAACUGGCGCAGUAAACAGCAAAAUCAGCAGACGUCUUCUGAACGUGAACUGGAGAUGUCUACCGAGAUUGCACGUCUCAAACGCCAGCUGGCAGAACGGGAUGAAGAGCUGGCUAUCCUCCAAAAGGCCGCGACAUACUUCGCGAAGCGCCUGAAAUGA